AUGUUUGCAGUUUCUUUUAGUUGUAUAUUAUUUUUGCUAAUAAGGCUCAGCACAGCAGAUCAUAUGAUGCAAUUGGUUAUCAAAGCGUUUUCCGAAUACAAUUCAGUCCACUGUCACAUUUUACUGUUUUCGAGUGCAGGCAUAUUCUAUGAGCAAAGAGCAUUGGUCGAUUUUUAUAAAGCUACUAUACUGAAUAAUUAUGCACCAACGGUCAUGGAAAAUAUAAUUGACGAAAGUGGAAGAAGCAAUACCCUCUACAGACAAAAUCAAUGCGUUAGACCUCUCAGAUCAUUUAUUAUGGGUAAUGUUAGUAACAUCGCCAAGUAUAUGGUUAUAGCAGAAAGGAGUAAAAAUACAUUAAAAGAUACAUGGUUGUUGUUUGUAAAAGACAGUUAUGAGCAAGAAUUGAUAAUCAGUCAAGUAGAACUUUCUAUAAGAAGCGAAGUAUACAUAGCUAGACGAACAGUUGAUGGAUAUGAAUUUUGGGAAAUUUAUCAAACUGCAAAGCGAGAGUCAAUUAGUGUAAUCUAUUAUGGUAAUUGGACCAUCGAUGCAGGUUUAACUGUAACGGAAUUGAGCAUCUUGGAGCGACGACAUAAUUUCAGAGGAGCUGUUCUUCGUGCUAUUAUGUUCGAAACGGACAGGUAUACUGAAAUUAAGGAAAGUCUUCAAACGCGAUUAAUGAAAUGUGUUUGGAAUUUGCUAGAAAAGAAGUUAAACUUUACGACAAAACCUGUGGUCUUGGCAGAUAAUUAUUGGGAACAUCGGGUUCACAAUAAUAAGUGGAAUGACAUCAUUGUUGGAUUAUUAGCUGAAAAUAAAGCAGAUGUAUCCAUGAUAGCCCCCUCGGUGGAGUCCUUCAGCCCACAUAUUAUAGAUCAGAGUGGCCUCCUUGACAAAACCGAGUAUAGAAUAUUUCUAAAAAAAUGGGAAGUUGGUCUGGACUCAUGGUUUCAUUUUUUUGAUCCACUGAGACCAAAUGUAUGGUAUCUCACAGUUUUCAUGACUGUUAUGUUAUCAGUAAUGAUACUAUUGAUGAAUCGCCUUGCCUGCAAAGUUGGUCUUAUGAAAUCUCGGUAUUAUUAUUCAGAUGUGUGUAUUGCACUACAUCGCAUGUUAUGCUUACAAGGAGGAGAUAUACAACAAGAAAUGUCUUCCAUGAGUCUGCUAUUUGUGUUUAUAAAUUUUUGGGCAUACUUAAUUCAAAUCAUGUAUUCAGCUGCUUUGGCUUCUAGCAUGGCUAUCAAACACUAUGAAGUUCCAUUUCAUUCAUUCAAAGAACUUUUGGCAGAUGGCAAUUACGAAUUCGGUGUUCAUCGAUACAGCUUAGAAUACGCUCUUUUUUACAAAACGAACGAUACGUUUCUUAUGAAAUUGAAUACAGCUAUGAUGGAGCAAAAUGUGUCGAAGCUACCGACGACAUAUUUACAAGGAUUGCAACGAGUUUGUUCUGAAAACAAAUAUGCAUUUAUGGCUAGCAAACUGCAAGUUUUUGAAUUACAAUCUCAAUUACCUUGCGAGCUUCACUACUUAACAGAUGAAGAAUAUACAGUGAAUAGUGCCUAUGCUAUGUCUAAACAUAACGAGUAUUUGCCCCUCAUCAAUGGAUGGUUGUGCAAAUUGAAGGAAACUGGGUUGAUAAGCAAAAUUAAUCGCAAUGUGCUAGGGCUUGGACAACAGUUCUCGGAUGAUUCACGGAGUUUUAGAAGCAGAGAACUUCAAGAUACAAUCAUUUUACAACUUCUGUUUAUUGUAGGGAUUGUAUUAUCCAUUGUAACACUUUUUGCCGAAAGAACAUAUAACAGGAUGAGAAGAAAUGGUGUGAAAGCAAGAAGUGGUCACAAUUAGGAACAGGACAAGUAGUUUGACUUAAUUAUACUGGCAUAUUCAUGAAUAACAACCGAUCUGAAAUAAUUGAAGGUUUUUACUCUUCAAAUUGUACCGUGUACAAGAAAAAAAAUUCAGUAUUUCGUUUAACAAAAUUUUGUCGUUGAUUUGUGCAUUUACUUACAAAUUUCGAGCUUGAAUGGUAUUAAACAAUGAAGCUUAAAAAAUAUUCUACGUGAGCAAAUAAAGAAAAUACUUGAUUCUAAAGCAAAUGCUUUUUGUACUUUGUGUGAACACAAAUUACUGAUUCAACUCCUCCACGAUAAACAAACACAAAAUCAAUAUGAUUGUGUAACUUCGGCCAUGUUUGAGGGCUAUACAAACAUGAUGUGUGUAACAACGUGUAUUACAAGUCAUGUUGAUAAUAUAUGAAUGUAAAUGACCUUCAAUUGGAGCUUCUUAUACUAACAUAAUUUA